GGGAAGUCACGGAAAUGGGAAUUUUGAGAGAGAGGGUUAUAGAGAGAGAGAGAGACAUCACCAGGAAGAGCAAACACACGAGACAGGGAGAAAGAAAGGGAAAGAGGGAUAGUGACAGAGAAGGGAUUGGGUUGUCUUUCAGUUUCAGAUCAACUUCUUUUAGGCAAAAAGAAUUAUAUUAUUAUCAUUAUAUAAAUAUCAUAAUUAUUUAUUAUAAAUUAUUUCUUUCCGAAGUUGGAAGAGGAGAUCAAGGUGAGGCGGGGUGUGUUGUGUCCCUGUGAGAUCUCUUUGGCUGUGUUUAUAAAUAUACAUAUACUAUUGCUUCUUGGUAUUAUACUAACACCAAGAAGGUCUCUUCCCUUUCUUCUUCCUUUGAGAGAACCGAGAAAACUUUGGUUUAGCAGAUCAAGAAUCCGCAGGAACUCCAAUGGCUUUUAUGUCCGAGGUCAACACAAGUUUCUCUCACUAUAUGGAUGAUGAAUAUGAGAAACUCUUCAGAAGAAUGAACCCUCCCAGGGUUGUAAUUGAUAAUGAAGCCAGCCAGAAUACUACUGUUAUAAGGGUUGAUAGUGCAAACAAGCACGGAAUACUUCUUGAAGUUGUGCAGGUCCUCACUGAUCUAAACCUUAUCAUAACUAAGGCUUACAUAUCUUCUGAUGGUGGAUGGUUCAUGGAUGUUUUUAAUGUCACUGACCAACAUGGAAACAAGGUCACAGAUGAAGCUAUUCUGGAUUAUAUUCGAAAAUCCCUUGGACCUGAAUCAUGCUUUCCAUCCAUGAGAUCUGUUGGGGUUAAGCAAUCAACGGAGUACACUACAAUAGAGCUAAUGGGAACUGAUAGGCCAGGAUUGCUUUCAGAAGUGAGUGCGGUUCUGACCGAUCUCAAAUGCAAUAUAGUGAAUGCAGAAAUCUGGACUCAUAAUACCAGAGCAGCAGCUGUUGUGCAUGUUAAUGAUGAGGAAACCGGGUCUGCCAUUAAUGACCCGGAGAAGCUAAACCUGGUGAAGGAGCUUCUCUGCAAUGUGCUUUGUGGUGGGAAUAGGAACAGAAGUGCUAAGACUGAGGUCACUGAUGAAGUUACCCAUACCGAGCGAAGACUUCACCAGAUGAUGUUUGCUGAUAGGGACUAUGAACGAGCUGAUGAUAGCAGCAACAGCAACAUUGGGUUUGAUGAGAAGCAAAGACCAAAUGUGAAUGUUGUUCAUUGGUCAGACAAGGAUUAUUCUGUAGUUACUAUCCAAUCCAAGGAUAGGCCAAAGCUUCUCUUCGACGCAGUUUGUACUCUGACAGACAUGCAGUAUGUAGUUUUCCAUGCUAAUAUAGAUGCCGAGGGGCCCGAAGCAUAUCAGGAGUACUAUAUCAGACAUGUAGAUGGGUCCCCUGUGAAAUCAGAUGCAGAAAGGCAAAGAGUUAUGCAAUGUCUUGAAGCUGCAAUCGAGAGACGAGCAUCUGAGGACUUGAAGCUAGAGCUCUGCACCGAUGACAGGGUCGGGUUACUAUCUGAUGUAACCCGAAUCUUCAGGGAGAACAGCCUCACGGUUACAAGAGCAGAAGUGACCACAAAAGGUGGCAAAGCUGUGAAUACCUUCUAUGUUCGAGGAACCUCAGGAUGUCCUGUUGAUUCCAAGACCUUAGAGUCGAUUCGCCAAACAAUAGGAGACAGCAUCCUUAAAGUUAAGGGCCUACCUUCGGAGCCGAAACCACCGGUUCAGGAUUCCCCCACAAGGUUCCUCUUUGGUGGCCUCUUCAAGUCCAAGUCAUUUGCUAACUUUGGCUUAGUUAAGUCCUACUCUUGAGGAUAUGAGGCAUUCUCAAAAUCUCAAGUAGGCAGUGCCUAUGUAACACCACAUCCUGGAUCAGGAUCCUCUAAAAUUCACAACAUUGGAGGCUUAUCAGAUAAUCAGAAAUUUAGUUGAUACCAAUCUGAGCGACCAGUUUUGCUGCUUAAGAAUUGCAUGUUAGGUAAAGUCUGCUUACAGAAAGAGAAUUUAUUCUAGCCAUGGCCUUGUACAGUAAAAGCCUGAAGAUAUGCAAAACUGAGUCAGAGAAACCCUAGAGGAAGUGAAACUGUUAGUUUUAGAGGGUGUAGGGAAAAUGAGAUCAAACAAGGGGAUGGAGGUGAAGCUUACGAGAGAAAAUGCCUUUGUAAAUUCGUUUCUAAUGGUCACUCUGGGGCCCAGUCAUUGAGGGAGAGAAUAUGUGGUGGUGUUUCAAUUCAAGUGUCAAACACUAUUUGUACAUAUAUCAGUUCAUCUGCUCUAUCAUUUUACUAUUGUGAAUUCUCAACUCUUGGUGGUGUAAUUAGAUGAGAUUCUUCUCAUGUUUUUCUUA